CGUAUCUUAAAAAGCUAGAGGAGCACCACUUCAAACCCUAAUUCUUCGUUACUGCUACUGAGCGCUUCCGCCAUCUCUUGCACGAUGGGUGCUUACAAGUAUGUUUCGGAGCUCUGGCGCAAGAAGCAAUCUGAUGUGAUGAGAUUCUUGCAGCGUGUGAGGUGUUGGGAGUAUCGUCAGCAACCUUCUAUUGUCCGUUUGACAAGGCCUACUCGCCCGGACAAGGCUCGCCGCUUGGGUUAUAAGGCAAAGCAGGGUUAUGUGGUUUACCGAGUUCGUGUUAGAAGAGGUGGCAGGAAGAGACCUGUUCCCAAAGGUAUUGUUUAUGGGAAGCCCACAAAUCAAGGUGUUACGCAACUGAAAUUUCAGCGUAGCAAGAGGUCAGUUGCUGAGGAGAGAGCUGGCAGGAAGCUGGGUGGCCUCAGGGUCCUCAAUUCGUACUGGGUGAAUGAGGACUCGACUUACAAAUAUUUUGAGAUCAUUUUGGUGGAUGUUGCCCACACUGCUAUCAGAAAUGAUCCAAGGAUCAAUUGGCUAUGCAAUCCAGUUCACAAACACAGGGAAUUGCGUGGUCUCACUUCUGCUGGGAAAAGUAACAGGGGUUUACGUGGCAGAGGACAUCUGUACCACAAAGCACGUCCAUCCCGCAGAGCAACCUGGAAGAGAAACAACACCCUUUCUCUUCGUCGCUACCGCUGAUUUUACUGCAUUUAUUUUAUGUUGCUUCAUAUUCUGAAAUUUUGGAGUGCAUUAUAUUUUGACUUUGGAAAUCGUUAAGUUUUGAACUCCCGAAUCAUGUCUUUUGUCCCGAAUCUCGUAUUAGUAGUAAAAUAGGAGAGAUCGGUGAUAUAAGUGUUUUUCCUUAAAUGAUGAAAUUGUUGUUCUUUAUUAUGUCAUUGUCUUCAUCAUAGUUAUUCUCG